CCAUCUCAUUCCAUUUACCAUAUUAAAUUGGAAAGAAAAACUGUACUUAUUCGUGUUACAAAAUGUACUACUACGUGCAAAUGUUGCAAAAUUCAUUUUUGUAUUAAAAUGACUCUCACUUCUAACAUCCAUUUUUCAUCAUCUUCACAAACCUAAAGUUCACUUUCAUUUAGUUAGGCUUUCUUCUAACCAUCAGAACCCAUUAUGAGAUUUAAAAAUCCCGUCUCAAUUCCAAACAACCUGGCUCAAGUUCUCGAACGCAUACAGAAUUUACGAAUGAGAGAUGACCGCAAUAGCCGUGUUUUAGUCAGUCAUUUACGACCCAAAAAGAAAGAAAAAAAAGAAGAAGAAAGGGUUGUAAGUAACGACAGACUGUCACGCUUGAAUUCGUUAUGUGCCAUUUUCAGUUUUCAUUCUUUUCUGGAUGAAAUGUGAAAAACGGCGCCAUCUGGUGACAAGCCAAAAAUUAUGGUUUCUAUGGAAACGAAAUGGAAAACAAUAUAAACUGAAAAAUGACUUUUUUAGGAAGAGAAUGAAAAUGGUAAACAGUGAAGCUAUUCCUUGUAAAUCGAAAAUGAAGUCAUGAUAUCUGAGAUAAUUAAAAAUGCGAAUAAAUGCUGAUCUCAUUCUACGUUGUUCUUCGAGACAUCUUCUUCCCGAACAAAGCAGUGAAGAUAUACUGGAUCGAAUUACUCAUCUCUUCUUACAGGAACAAUUUAUCCGGAAAAUUGAAAAUUUACAAUCAUGCACAAACCUCGUGGCUCUCUACCUUUAUGAGAACAAAAUUCAAAAAAUAGAAAACAUUGAAGAUUUAGUGAAACUUAACUGCCUGUAUCUGCACAAGAAUUAUAUUGAGCGGAUUGAAAACUUAGACACACUAACUCAACUUACUGUACUAAAUCUUAGUCAUAAUAGCAUAAGUAAAUUGGAAGGUCUGGAAGCCCUUUGUGAACUACGAGAGCUUUAUCUUCAAUAUCAAAACUUGAAAGAUGAUCAAGACUUUGAAUUUGAUUCCUCCACAGUCAAUUGGCUUUCAGAGUCUUUAAGGAUACUGAAUAUUUCUGGAAACAAAAUAAAGAGCUUUAAACCCCUCCAACCUCUUCAGUAUUUAGAGAUAUUCAUAGCUGAAGAGAAUGAUGUCUCUGAUCUUCAGGAGUUGGUGGAUGCUUUUAGUGAAUGGAAUUAUGUGCACACCAUGAAGUUAACAGGAAAUCCUGUAUGCAGUGUCCGCAAGUAUCGUGAUAAUAUUGUCGUUACAUGUCUGGAACUAGAAGAGUUAGAUGGCAAAGUAAUUUUCCCACCCUACAGAAACUUCCUGCUAAACUGGAAGCAAUGCCAAACCUUGCAAGAGCUUAAAAGAGAGAGUUACGCAGUUCUCAGACCUUAUCUAGAAACACAAAUAAAUAACAAGCAACUAACACCGCCACGAUCAGUUCGUUCUUCAUCAGUUGCUCCAAAACCUGACAGAUCAGGAAGCGUGUCCAGUUCUCAGUCUGAAUCUUCAAUCAGCUCAAAAUCCAGAUCAAAAUCAGUUCACAGAAAACCAGAGAAACCGACUGGCUGCCUUCAGGACGUUCCUAGGAAAUUGGUGAAGAAGAUAACUAAAAACAAAGUGGUCGAAAGAUAACGAAGAUGAAAUAUUUUAUUGAAACAAAAUUGAUUGUAUAAAUGUAUUUUUUAAAAUUCUAAUAAAAUAAAAUCUAC